AUGGACGCACCUCGAUCAACCUCGCGCCCGAGACCCUCAUCCAGGCCCACAACCCCUCUACGCCCAAGCUCGCGCUCUUCGUUACGAGAAGCCCACGGAUAUGGAAACUUUGGAAAUGCAGGAUACACACAACCGGGCUUCAAUGCCUUAGAGCCGCAGUUCGCUGAGCUCGCCGAUUCGAUGGCGGACCUCGAGGCCAACUUCAUGCACUUGCAGCUGAUGCACGAGAGCUUGACGCGCUUCAGUGAGAGUUUCGCUAGUUUCCUCUACGGACUGAAUAUGAAUGCAUUCUGUGUGGAUUUCCCAGAGGCUCCGAUUCCAGAUUCGUUCCAAAAGGCCAAGCAAGAGGAAGAAGAAAAAGAAGAAGCAGAAUCAGAAUCAGAACGAACACGACAGGUUGAUGACGGCGAGAUGACCUUUAUGACUACGGACACGACUUUUGUCGAGAAUCCCCCGAGCACCACCACCACCUCUAGGCCGACAUCCAAGUAUGCCGCGGGUUCACGAGUAUCGUCGCGUGGCACUUCUCGUGGUGCAGCAACCAGCCGGUAUACUACACGAGGCACUACUCGUGGCACUCGACCCAGCGCACUGCCUCGGGGUAGAGGGACUGGGACUCGGUAA